CUGCGCGUACUUCCUGUCCCCGAACUAUUUUAUAUGUUUACUCUAAAGUGGCAAAAUGGCGGAACGUCUUGAUUUGGGCAAGAUCCACCGGGCUGGAGGUUACAGUUCGGAGUUCGAUGAGUAUGACAGUGAACAGGAUCAUGAUGCGGAGACGGAGAAGAAAAGGUCUAUCAAAGACGACGAGUUGUACAGGAAGUCUCGGCCCAGCACGUCCAGAGAAGUCCCGUCAAAGAGAACAGUCGCUGCGAUGUACGACAAGGAGGAAACCCAGAACAGGAUGUACCACUUCAGGGCCAUGGAUGCUUAUGGAAGACACAAGGAGCUCAUCAACAACUACCUGCUGUACUAUGGAGGGAAGAAAGAGGACUUCAAACGGUCAACUGCAAAUGACAAGACAGACCUGGACAUAAUCCGAGAGAACCACCGCUUCCUGUGGAACGAUGAAGAAGAGGAAAUGGACACAUGGGAAAAAAGAAUGGCAAAGAAAUAUUAUGACAAGCUCUACAAGGAAUACUGCAUUGCUGACCUGAGUAGAUACAAGGAGAACAAGGUUGCACUCAGAUGGAGAAUAGAAAAAGAAGUAAUCGAAGGAAAAGGCCAGUUUUCCUGUGGAAACAAAAAGUGUUCAGAGACAGAAGGUCUGAAGAGCUGGGAAGUCAACUUUGGUUACAUGGAGCAAGGAGAGAAGAAAAAUGCACUCAUCAAGCUCAGACUGUGUCCAGACUGUUCUUAUAAACUCAACUACCACCACAAGAGAAAAGAGGCAAAGUCUCAUAAGAAGAGAUCAGAAGGGAAUGUGUCCAAGAGAAGGAAACAUGACCAGGAGGACUCAGACAGAAGAAAAGAGGACAAAGACAAGACAGCCAGUCCUGAAGCUGAGAAAGCAUCCAGCACUACCCCUACAAACAGUCAGUCAGCUGAGGAAGUCUGGAAAGGUCCUGUACAAAUUGUUGAAGAAAAAUCCAGGGAGGAAGAAUUUGAUGACUACUUUGAAGACAUGUUCCUCUGAGAGCACAUUUGGAACUGUGGGUUUGGUUAAUGUAGUUUCUUUUAGAACUACCCCAUACAUCAAUUAAGUGUCAUUUUAUGAUAUAGAUUAGAUUAGGUAUUAACUUACCAAAGAAAGUCCAGAAAUACAUGUAAAACAGACCCAUGAAGAUUCUUUGUACAUUUGGACAAAGUUGCACUUUAAUACUCUCACAUGUGGCAAAAAUUGUAUGUGAACUAAAUCUGAUCAAUUCUAUACAGUUCAAAAUGUUGCUACUAGUGUCUCUUGUGAUUUCCAUACCAAACUUUCUUGUACAUUUGCUAGGGGAAGGAAAUAUUGCAUUUAGCUGAAAUAAAGACUGAUGCU